AGAUUUUCUGCUACCAACCGUCUCUAUCUUUCUUAUGUGGGGUGUGCCCACAGAGUCAGUACCAAAAUUGUGCUUCAAGCUUCCACUUUCAACAUUAUCUUCUUCUUCUUCUUCUUCUUCUUCAGUCUUCAAUUCUCUUCUCUUUUUUCUCUUGUCCACAAUGAUUCCUGUAGAACCUUCCAAACAGAAUAUUACAGCUGCUACUUCUUCAAGGAAUCACAGUCAUGCAUCACCAUCAACACCAAUAAUGCCUUCAUUUUGUUCUUUAUUAUCUUGACCCAUUCAUUCACUCACUCACUCACGCACUCACUCACGCACUCUCCUUUGUUUUCCAUCUUUCAUAUCACAAACCACUCAAACGUCAAUCAUAUUUCUCAUUAGCUCCUUCUUCAUCUUGGACAAGAAGAAUAAUUCAAUUUCACUCAAAAUCAGGAUGAUGAGGUGACCCCUUUUUUUUACCCUUCAAUAAUGGUUUCUUAAUUAAUUGCUGUUCAUCAAAUUAAAGUUCAAAGAUCAUUUAAUUCCCCCACCCACCUGCCAGCCGCUUCAAUUAUUCUUCUUUCACUGUUCUGAACUGACAAUUUUGUCCCUCAACUUUUGUCCUAAUGGCCAACACUCCCAUUCUCUUUCACUUCUUCAAACUGUUGUUGCUCACUUCCUACUUCAUUUUCCCGCCAUGUGCAUCUCAAUCCUUGGAAGCCAAAGCUCUCCUUGAGUUCAAGAACCAUUUGAAUGACCCCUUGAAUUGUUUGGGUUCAUGGAAUGAAUCAGUGUCUCCAUGUGAGUUUGUUGGAGUGAACUGUGAUGCAUUCUCAGGGAAGGUGACAGAAAUCUCAGUAGAGAAUAAGUCCCUCUCUGGUGUCCUUUUCCCAUCAAUCUCAGUUCUUCAGAGCCUGCAAGUGUUGUCACUGCCAUCAAACAUGAUCUCUGGAAAGCUUCCAGUGGAAAUAAAUAGAUGCACCAACCUAAGAGUGCUGAAUUUGACAGGAAAUCAUAUGGUUGGAACCAUCCCAGACUUGUCUAUGCUAAGGAACCUUCAGGUUCUUGAUCUUUCAGCAAAUUACUUCACUGGGAGAAUCCCAAGCUGGGUUGGGAACCUAACUGCCCUUGUGUCACUGGGCCUUGGGGUGAAUGAGUUCACUGAGGGUGAGAUUCCAGACACACUUGGAAAUCUCAAGAACUUGACUUGGUUCUAUCUUGGUGGUUCACAUUUGAUAGGAGAGAUUCCUGAAUCAUUGUAUGAAAUGAGGGCAUUGCAGACACUUGACAUUUCAAGGAACAGGAUCUCUGGGAAAAUUUCCAGAUCAAUUUCCAAGUUAGAGAAUCUGUACAAGCUUGAGCUUUUCUCGAAUAACUUGACAGGAACAAUCCCAGCUGAGUUUGCAAACCUGACCAAUCUGCACGAGGUUGACAUGUCUUCAAACCACUUGUUUGGUAAGUUACCAGAGGAAAUUGGUAAUAUGAAAAACUUGACUGUCUUUCAAGUGUAUGGUAACAACUUGUCUGGAGAGCUUCCUGCUGGAUUUGGGGAGAUGCAGAGUCUUGUUGGGUUCUCAGUUUAUAGAAACAGCUUCACCGGGACAAUUCCGGAGAAUUUUGGCCGUUUUUCACAGCUUGAGAGUAUUGACAUCUCUGAGAAUCAAUUCUCAGGUGAUUUCCCAAAGUUCUUGUGUGAAGGAAGGAAGUUGGUAUUUUUGCUUGCAUUGGAAAACAAUUUCUCUGGGAAUUUUCCCGGGUCUUACGCCUCGUGCAAGUCUCUGUUGAGAUUAAGGAUUAGUGGUAACCAAUUAUCUGGGAAAAUUCCAGAUGGUGUUUGGGCACUUCCAGAUGUAAAAAUAAUUGAUUUGGCUUACAAUGAUUUCAGUGGUGAGAUAUCUUCAGAGAUUGGGUUUUCUACCAACUUGAGUGAGUUAGUUUUGACACAGAACAAGUUUUCUGGUAAGCUGCCAUCAGAACUUGGCAAUCUGGUGAACCUUGAGAAGCUUUACUUGAACAAUAAUACUUUCUCUGGUGAAAUACCACCUGAAAUGGGAUCACUGAAGCAACUCUCUACUUUGCAUCUGGAACAGAAUUCCUUAACUGGACCAAUACCUGCAGAAUUGGGUGAUUGUGCAAGGCUAGUAGACUUGAAUCUUGCAUGGAAUUCUCUCUCUGGAAACAUACCCCAGUCAAUUUCACUUAUGAGCUCAUUGAACUCUCUUAAUCUAUCUGGAAACAGACUUUCUGGUUCUAUUCCGGAUAAUUUAGAGACAUUGAAACUGAGCUCUGUGGAUUUUUCUCAAAACCUGUUUUCUGGGAGGAUCCCAUCUGGUCUUCUGAUUAUUGGAGGAGAGCAUGCUUUUCUUGGGAACAAGGGACUUUGUGUUGAGGAAAAUUUUAGACCUCCCAUGAAUCCUGAUUUGAGAAUCUGUGCUGAAAGUCAUGGUCAGAAAAGGCUUUUUGCUGAUAAAUUUGUCUUGUUCUUUCUCAUUGCUUCUAUUUUUGUCAUUGCUUUAGCUGUGUUGCUGCUUUUGAAUCGUGGAAACCUCAAGCAUAUUAUUGCGGAUAAGAACUUGAAUGGUCAAGAUGAAUCAAGUCAAAAAUGGAAACUUGCAUCUUUCCACCAAGUAGAUAUCGAUGCGGAUGAAAUAUGCAAAUUGAAUGAUGAUAAUUUAAUUGGAAGUGGCAGUACAGGGAGGGUUUAUCGAGUGGAGUUGCGAAAGAGUCACGCCACAGUUGCUGUAAAGAAACUAGGCAAAGGUGAUAAUGUGAAGAUUUUAGCUGCAGAGAUGGAGAUUCUGGGGAAAAUUAGACAUAGGAAUAUACUUAAGCUCUAUGCUUGUUUAGUAAAAGGAGGGUCCAAUUUUUUGGUGUUUGAGUACAUGCCAAAUGGUAAUCUUUUUCGUGCUCUACACAGAGAUAUUAAAGAUGGGAAGCGGGAGUUGGAUUGGAACCAGAGGUAUAAGAUUGCUCUGGGAGCCGCAAAGGGAAUUUCCUAUUUACACCAUGAUUGUUCUCCACCUAUUAUUCAUAGGGAUAUAAAAUCAAGCAACAUCUUGCUUGAUCAGGAUUAUGAGCCCAAAAUAGCUGAUUUUGGUUUUGCAAGGUUGGCAGAAAAAUCCAGUGAUCAAUUGGGUUAUAGCUGUGUUGCUGGUACACAUGGUUAUAUAGCACCAGAACUUGCUUAUACACUUGACAUAGAUGAAAAGAGUGAUGUUUACAGCUUCGGAGUGGUGCUAUUAGAAUUGGUUUCAGGCAGAGAACCGAUUGAAGAGGAUUAUGGAGAGGCAAAGGACAUUGUAUACUGGGUUUUGACUCAUCUGAAUGACAGAGAAAGUGUUGUUAACAUCCUUGAUAACAGGUUGGUAUCCAAGUCUGAAAACGAUAUGAUAAAAGUGUUGAAGAUUGCUAUAAAGUGUACAACUAAGCUACCAUCUCUGCGGCCAACAAUGAGAGAGGUUGUCAACAUGCUCACUGAUGCCGAGCCUUGCACAUUGAAAUCUCCUCUGAAAGAUGAACAAGAGGCUCCUUUGACAAGUGAUUUUCUUUAGCUAAAUGUAAAUCCUUGAAAGCUAUCCCUUAAUCAUAAUGUAUCAUGCAAUUAUUAUGCACUUUCGGUAACAUUGUCCAGAUGUUUGUAGGGACUGAAAUAUGUCUCUGCCUUAAAUAUGGCAACUAUGUCUUUUUCCUA